AUGCCGAACCCCACCAAAGACCUACAUACGGUAGACGAGACUUCUUUUCCAUACAUCUUCGAGCAGAAUGCCACCGUCCAGCUCAAGACCUGCGAAGGCCUCAUCCGUUGCAAUGUCUACCGACCAAAAAACACUGGCCCGGCACCGGUUUUGGUGACCUACGGCCCCUACGGCAAGGAUAUCCAUUAUCAAGACUUCCACUCCAAGUCAUAUGCUGAGGUCAAUCCCAACCACAAAUCCGACCACUCGGCAUGGGAGACCCCCGAUCCGAAAUUCUGGACAAGCCAUGGCUACGUUGUAGUGCGCGCCGACGAGCGCGGUCUCGGCCAGUCCCCCGGAGUUCUCGAUACCAUGUCCCGAGGUACCUCGGACGCCUUCUGCGAGCUGAUCGAAUGGGCCGCCGACCAGCCGUGGUCCUCGGGCAAGGUGGGCCUACUGGGUAUCAGCUACUACGCUGGCAGUCAAUGGCGCGUCGCUGCUCGGAAGCCCAAGGGUCUGGCCGCAAUGAUUCCCUGGGAAGGAAUGUCUGACUAUUACCGCGACCGCUGCCGUCACGGCGGUAUCUUGUCAAAUGCAUUCAUCAAGUUUUGGUGGAAUCGCCAAGUUAUCACGAACCAGUACGGCAGGCCAGGCCGUAGCGCGAGCAACUGGGGGCCAGAUACCAUCGAGGGCGACCUUCCGGCCGACGAACUGGAGCGGAACCGAAACGACCAAACCAUCGACAAUCAAAAACACCGCUUCCGGGACGAGGAAUAUUACGCCUCCAAGGAGUAUGACAUGGGUGACAUCGAAGUCCCGCUGCUGUCAGUUGGCAAUUGGGGUGGCAUCCUUUUGCACCUGAGAGGAAACAUCGAAGGAUACUUGCACGCAAACUCCGAGUUCAAGUACUUGCGCAUGAUCACCGGCCGUCACGAUCUCCCAUUCUAUUAUGACGAGGAAGUUGAGAUACAGCGUUCAUUCCUGGACGCCUUUCUCAAGGGCGACGACCGAGUGGGCUGGGCCACCAAAGGCAAACUUCCUCCUGUAGAUCUGGUCAUGCGGAAAGGCAACGUUGGCUUCAACGACGCUCAGGCUGAGAGGGCCUACACACGCCGCACCGAGUCGCAGUGGCCGCCCGCGAGCACCGUGUAUACGACAUAUCACUGCCAUCCAGAUGGUGUCCUGUCCACCACAGCACCUUCGCUCCCACGGCGCACAAAACUUUCCUACCGCGCAUUGGGCACGCUGUCCAAUCCUUCUUUCGUCUCCUUCUCGACCCCCAAGUUCGAGACCGAAACCGAAAUCACGGGUCACCCUCGUGCACGUCUCUCCGUCUCGGUAACGCCCGACGCUGCGGGACCAACGCCUUCUGAUAUUGACUUGUUCCUGACCCUGCGGUAUAUUGGCCCUGAUGACAAGGAAGUAUUCUACACAGGAACAGCCGGGGACCCAGUUCCACUGUGCAAGGGCUGGCUACGCGUGUCCCUCCGCAAAGUCAACGAAUCCCACCGCAAGCAUCGCACUUAUCUCCCCCACAGGGACUACACAAGUACCGAUGUACUACCCGUGAUUCCUGGGGAGGUUUAUACAGUCGACAUUGAGAUAUGGCCUACCAAUGUGGUUGUCGAAAAAGCGGGUCGGGUCGUGCUGGAGGUGGCUUCUGGAGACACCCAGGGGUCGGGCAUCUUCCUGCAUGACGACCCGGUCGACCGGGCUGUGGGCAAGUUGCAGGGAGUAAACAAUAUCAAUUUUGGGGAGGGUCUAGACAACUACCUUGUGCUCCCUGUUAUUCCCUAG